AUGGCCAAUCCUUUGAGUCCAACCUCAAACUUCUUUUUCUUCCUCUUUGCCAUAACUCUCAUUUACAUUGCCUACACCAUCCCAAACCUCCAACCAAAACAAACCAACCUGGUCUUCUACGUGCAUGACUACUUCACCGGCCGCGACACGUCGGCAGCCACCGUGGCGGGCAAAAGCGGGCCCACCUCGAGUGUCCUCCACUUCGGCACCCUCGUGGCGGUCGACGACAAAGUGACUGUGGGGCCCGGCGUUGAGUCGAAGGAGAUAGGGAGGGCACAAGGGAUGUACAUAAACUCUGCCCUUGAUGGGAAGGGCUUACACAUGGUGUUCUCUGUGGUUUUCACUGGUGGAGAGUUCAAAGGAAGCAGUUUGGAGAUACAAGGAGCUGAUUUGUUCGCAAAGAAGGAACGUGAGUUUGGGGUUGUUUCUGGGACUGGUUAUUUCAGGUUUGUCAAAGGCUAUGGGGUUAUGGAGACUGAGUAUAUGGAUUUGGCUAAUCUUAGAGCUGUUAUUAAGCACAAUAUCACUGUCAAACAUUACUAA